ACCAAUUGCUCCUUCAGUUACUCAACUUUUUCUCAUUCCACCCCAGCCUUAUCGCUUAGUGAGAGUAGUGUUGUCGUUGUUUGGUAGUCGGAAUGUUACAGGAGCUUACUAGCGUACCCCUGAGACAACCAGCACCGCCUGUGUCAACAAUAUCUACGUUGCAUCCUCCAAGUACCGGGCGGUCGCGGAAGAAGUCAAGGUCCGGAUGUGGGACUUGCAAAGCACGCAAAGUAAAAUGUGACGAGACAAAACCAGUCUGCAAUCGCUGUCUCAGCACUGGCCGAACUUGUGAUGGCUACGGUGCCCAGGGAGGAGGAGGAAAUACUUACCUUGACCGAUAUGGUCGGCAUUCCCAACCAGCUACGACUUCUUCAGAAGUUCAGCUCUCAAAACCUCUGGCAAAGUCUUUUCCAUCAGACGAAUUACGCUAUCUUGAGCUCUACAAACAGCGCGUAUCGUGGACGUCGUCAGGCUGGUUCGGAUAUCCCUUUUGGCACGCUACUGUUAUCCCGGCCCUUGUCUCUGAACCGGCUAUCUUGCAUGCUGUCGUCGCGCUGAGUGCGGCACACGAGUGUAACUUUAUUCCGGGCGAGAGUAUCGACAUGAGAGAGAGGUUCGUUCUGAAGCAGUACAGCCAGGCGAUUUCCGCCUUACAGCCGAUGCUGGCGAGGACCAGCGAUACACAGGAUGUAGCUGUAGUUCUGGUAACAUGCAUGCUAUUUACAUUUCUGGAGUACCUGAGAGGGCGCCACGAAAUCGCCGAGACACAUUUGAAAAACGGCAUCAAGUUAUUAGGCGACGGCCGUGUCCCACGCUCCAGCUUUAUGGAACAAAGCAUCGUCCGCACCUUCGCCGCCCUCGUCACGCAAAGAACCCUCUUUGGCUCCGACUUCUACCUCUCCAACCCAGACAUCUUCCCGCACUCGCUGGCAACCUUGAACCUCCCCAAUUCUAUCUUCGCAAGCCCCGAAGCCGCAAAGGACGCCCUCGACACAAUCCUCCGCCGCAUAACCCACACAGAGCACCUCCUCCAAACUUCCCAACCCCACCAACCCUCCUCACCUUCCCUGGAAAAAACCCAAUCCCACAUUCUCACCUUGCUGGAUUCCUGGCAGUCAACUUACCACCGCACCCAAGCCCACCUCAACUCCUGCCCGCCAGAUAAAGACACUCCGGCAUUCGGAUCCCACCCCGGAUCCGCCCGCACACCUCUUUCUUACACCCUCCUCCUCAUGUCCCACAGCAGCGCCCAAAUCCGGGCUCACACCCUCUUAUCCCCCUCACCCUUCGCAUACGCAUCCUACACGCACCUCUUCCACCGCGUCCUCUCUAGCGCCCGUCUAAUCCACAUCGCCUACAGCGUCGCCGUGCAAAUCCCCCAGAACGUAAACUUCGAACAUUCGAUCUGCGAGUCCGGCGUCGUGGCUUCCUUAUUCUACACAGGAAUUAAAUGUCGGCACCGCUGCUUGCGGCGCUAUGCGCUUGGGUCGCUCAAGGCGGUGCCGCGUAUGGAAGGGUGCUGGGAUAGUGCUGUGGUGGCGAAUGUGGUGGAAAGGGUUAUGGGGAUGGAGGAUAAGGGGGUGUGGGACGGAAGUAAGGAGGAGGAGAAGGAUAUGGCGACGUUGCCGGAAUUCGAGGAGUUGGAGGAUGAAGGGGUGGUUUUGGAGGAGGAAAAGCUGUUUCGUAGUGUGAGGGUGGAGAUGAGGGGGGAGGGGGGCAGGGCGGAGGUUAGGUGUGAGAGGGUGGGUGGGGACGGGGAGGUUGAGGUUGUGGUGUUUGAGGUUGAUAACACGUAAUUUUCUUCUUCCUCCUUUCUUUCCUUCCUUCCUUUGAUAGUAGUAUAGAGCGUGUGUCGAGGUUGGACGGAGUGACUAGCCAAUAUAUUAGUCUAGUAGUGACGAACAAGGUAGUACUUCAAUAAGGUGAUACUUGAAAUCGCCAAAAAUAACACAAAUUCAAGAGUGGGAGAUCUCAACU